UACAAGCACCGACCCAUCGUGUAUGGCGUCCCAACAAUGAGGAACAUCUACCGGGUCUUGGCCAGUCAGUAUGACCCUCUGGGAUUCCUCCUCCCGUACACGACUCGAGCCAAGAUGCUUGUCCGACGUCUGUGGGAGAAGCACAGAGAUUGGGAUGACCCACUCCUUCCCCAAGACCUCCUGCAAGCAUGGAACAGCUGGGAGCAAGAGUUGCACCUUCUCCCCCAAGUCAGCCUACCACGAGCAUAUCUACCAGCCGAAGUAGAUGAGUCGAGCGUCGUCAGAGAGGUCCAUGUGUUCUCUGACGCUUCAGAGCAAGCUUACGGUGCGGUGGCAUACUUGAGGACGAUCGACAAGCAAGGUCAGGUACAUCUUUCCUUCCUACUUGCUCGCUCUAAAGUUGCACCCAAGCGUCUGCUCUCCAUGCCCAGGUUGGAGCUGUGUGGAGCUGUUGCAGGAGCACAGCUGGCUAAGCUCCUUGAAAGAGAACUCACGCUCAAGGUCGCCAAGACAGUCCUCUGGACAGACUCCACUACCGUGUUGGCAUGGCUGCAGUCCGAGUCUUGUCGCUUCAAGGUCUUCGUUGGCACCAGAGUGGCCGAAAUCCAAGAACUCACUAGCCCCCAGUCCUGGCGCUACGUAGAUUCUGAGAGAAACCCUGCUGAUGACAUCACAAGGGGCAAGAGUCUACAAGAGCUGGUGAAGCCAAACAGAUGGAGUCAAGGUCCUCCAUUCCUCCUUCAACCACCAGAAAAAUGGCCAGUCCUGUCAAGUGGAGUCCAGAACGAGGAUGUCUCAGAACUGAGGAAGUCGACCUUCUGUGGUGCCAUCGCGACCAAAGCCAGCGCCGCAUGGGCCGAGCAGCACGACACUUGGCAGGCACUGCUAGAAGCUACAGUGCAGGAGCUUCAUGGGGCGGCAGAUCAGAGCAGCAAUCCCACCGCUGAAGAUUACCGCAAAGCAGAGGGGCUCAUCCUCCAGCGAGCCCAACAAGAGAGUUUUCCAGAUGAGGUGAGACUCCUAAAAGUCGGCAAACCUGUCUCAUCCUGCAGCAGACUGAUCACCUUAUCGCCGGAGAUGGACAGCGAAAGACAGCUCAUCUGUGUCGGAGGACGGUUACGCCGUGCCGAGAGCUUGGAACCAUCGGCUGUUCACCCAGUUGUGCUGGACCCAAGCCACCCUUCUACCAGACUGCUCAUCCAGGACUACGACAGUCGUCUGCAUCAUCCUGGACCAGAGAGAGUCUUCGCAGAAAUACGACGUUCCUACUGGAUCCUGAGAGGUCGGGAAGCCGUACGUCGCUACCAGCACUCCUGUCCGGAAUGUCGCCGCUGGAAGGCCAAACCUGCGAUUCCCAAAAUGGCUGACCUACCACCGGCGCGACUGCGACUCUUCAAACCAGCCUUCUUCUCGACAGGAAUGGACUGCUUUGGACCCUUCCAAGUCAAAGUGGGAAGACGCAUCGAGAAGAGGUGGGGUAUAAUAUUCAAGUGUCUCACAACCAGGGGUGUGCACUUGGAUCUCCUGAACACACUCGACGUCGACUCGUUCCUGAUGGCCCUCAGAAGGUUUAUCGCACGUCGUGGAACGCCAGCAGAGUUGUAUUCCGACCAGGGAACCAACUUCCGUGGCGGAGAAAGAGAGCUUAGAGAAUCGUUCGCUGCCAUGUCUCCAGACCUUCAAGAGCAGCUAGCCAAGCAGAAGAUCAGCUUCCACUUCAACCCUCCUGCAGCGCCACACUUCGGGGGAGUGUGGGAAAGGGAAAUUCGGUCGGUGAAAGCUGCCCUCUAUCCCACAGUGGGAGCUCAACCAGUCCCAGAGGAAGUGCUUCGAACAGUGCUUCUCGAAGUGGAAGGGAUCCUCAAUUCAAAGCCACUGGGGUACGUCUCAUCCAGUCUCCACGAUCCUGACCCAGUGACUCCAAACGUCCUGUUGAUGGGGCGGCUGGAUGGCUCCUUACCUCAGACUGUGUAUCCAGAGACUGCCCUCCUGAGCCGCCGUCGUUGGAAGCACUCACAAAUCCUGGCGAACCACUUCUGGUCCAGCUUCCUGAGGAACUACCUUCCCAGCCUGCAAAUUCGUCAGAAGUGGCAGUCAACGCAAGCCAUCAUCACCGAGGGAGCUAUCGUGAUGCUGGUAGACCCGCAGUCACCUCGAGCGACGUGGCCAGUGGGACGCGUCACCAGUGUCAACCCAAGCGCCGAUGGACAGGUACGCUCUGCUGUCGUGAGGGUCGGCGACAAGGAGUACACCCGACCAGUGGCCAGGUUAGUCACACUUCCAGCUGUCUCAGCCGACAACGAGGAGGACAAUGCAGCCGACAAGAAUUCAGCGUAAGACUGUAAAGACCUGGUCACCUUUCUUAAGAGCGAAUGUACUUCAUACAUUCGGGGGCGGCUGUUAGAAAGGUUCCUGUUUAUUAGUUCGUUCCCAUGGUAACCGUCGCUUCCUGUUUUUUGUACUACGUCACGCGCGCGGUGCAUUGUGGGAUUGAGAGUAGCGUAGUGGCGCGAGUAGCACCAGGUGCACAUUCGGAAGAGUGCAGCCACCAGUUAAGACGAGUGCAGCCGCCUGUAAAGACGUGUGUGAGGGAAAGGCAUUCCGUGUGCGUCAUUGAAUGAACAACCACAAACAACCUAUAUAUAUAUGCCUAGUCAAGUUCCCUCCCGCACACAUAUUGGAUCCCACACACAUACAAGCUCCUCACACGCAGCUAAUUACACACACUCAGCUAGUCUUCCUCCUCCUAUCAAGUGCCUAUUUGUAAAUAGUUCUGCCUGUUGCCACCCUGUUGCCAUAAAAUUGGAUUAAAGGUGAAAAGACCAACUCCGCUCUCCUUCUCCUGUGUUCUGACCGACACCCCGGGGCGAACGGACCAUAACCCAAAUUGAACCAGAAACCUAUACAGUCCACAA